AUGUCCACACUGAGAGAGCCGCUGCCCGGCUGCGCCGCGCCCUCGCAGAUCCGGGAGUCCACUUUAAGCCCGCGGAGUUGGCGAAGCAGAGGCGCUGCGGCGGCGGCGGACUCGGCGCGGCUCGGGCACCUCUCUUCCUUAUCUCUUACUCAAACUUCUCUGCUCCAACUCAGCUCCAUCGCCAUUGGUCUGACGCAGCGCGCGGGGACGUCAGGCGAGCGCCGCGCCCAUUGGCUGCGGGGCGCGCGGCGCAGCUGUUCUGAUUAUCAUAUUUCAGCCUUGCCACUGCCGAGUGCCACUGACCGCUCGGCGAGCCCGCGGGAGAGGAUUAGGGCUCCCGAGGCAACUUGCUCCGGGCUCAGGCUGUUCUCCCCCGAUGCUCAGGCUGCCUGGCUGCUCGGCUGCUCUGGCUUUUGGCCUCCCUUUCCUCCUCCUCCUCCUCCUCCUGCCCCUCCCUGCUCCUUCCCGGCUGCUCCGCCUGCGCGCUCGCCUCCCGUCGCGCUGCUCCUCCGCCCUGCGCUCCUGGGGUCCCCACAGUCAGCUGGCUGCGUUGAGCGCGGGGCUCACUUUUCUGCCGCCGGUGGCGAGUGGCUGUUUCCCAAAGACAAAGUCACAGGAAGGCCACGAAGAACUCCCACAUUUCCAAAACUUAUAAACCGCCAUCCCUUAUUUAGCGAUCUAACCCUUGAUAAGACCUGUGAGCUCUCGGAUGGCCUCAGUGGCUGGGUUUGAAUGGAUAUGCCUCUACAAAAAGCAGCUAAAAUGCUUGUUGUUGGUGGCUUAAUGAGAAUGGAUCAAGAGAAUCAGUGCUCUAAUUUCAGAGAAAGAGAAGGAAUCUCCCUCCAUGUACCAAGGGGUAUGAAAUUAUUCUUUUCUUUCCAUCGUUUUUUGUACUCUAAAAAAAUAAAAAAAACUAAGCAGUGAUAAUAAAGGCAGCUGUUAACAAUAA